CUUGGAUCUCGGCUUUCGUCAUGUUGAAUAUAGCUCCCUGUUUGCGAUCCACCACGACUUGCUUUCCCCCCUCAUCCCUAACUACCUGAGACCUCGACGAACGACCCGCGGAGAGCGAGGAUCUAGAACGUGCGAGACGACGUUGACGGCGAACACCAUCCCUCUCCAAAACGAUUCCUGUACCCAAGCACCACCACACCGCCAUGAUCGUGCUUGAAGGCGUGCCACUAACGCCAGGCGCUGCACUGGACCCCCUCGACCCAAACUUCAAACCAAAUCCCGACCGCGCGACGCCCAUCCUCGACCGCCCCCUACUCGCUCCCCUCGAUACCCCUCAUGUCCCUUCUCAUCUCAAAGCAUCGACUUCGACCAGUCAGUUGGCGUCCUCCUCUCACACAGACCCUGCACCGUACACCCUUCGCCUCAUCACCUACGGUUUCGAACGCGGACGCCCUGACAUCACCCCUGCCCUCACCUUCGACAUCCGCGACCUCCCCAAUCCUCCCAAGCCCGUCCGCGAAGCCCACCUCGGCACGUCAGAAGUGAUGCAAGAGUGGUUCUUCGCAGACGACGGCGUACGCCUACGAUUCAAGGAGGUCCUGCAUGAGGUCCUCGACGCAGUCGGAAGGUUCUGCGAGGAGCAUCGUGACGAAGGGCGCUCCGACAACGAGCGCGUACACGACGAUGCGGCUGCGCGUCACACCCUCACAAUCGCCGUCUGCUGCCGCAAGGGCAAGCACCGCAGCGUCGCCUUCGUCGAGCGCCUCGCGCGCGAGCUUCGCAAGACCCUCGCGCACGACGUCUGGCGCGUUGAGGUCUCGCAUCGUGAUGUCCACCUCCCGAAGAGCAGGCCGGGGACUGCGGUGCCGACGGAGAUGAGCGCGCUCUCUUCUGACUCGGCGCAGCUGUCGGACGAAACGUCGUCCACGAGCGCCAGCGUUGCAUCUUCGGUGAUGGAGGUUAGCAAGGUAAACGGGGAGACGAAUGGAGUUGCAAGCUUGGAGGCCAGCGAGGUGCACAGCGUGACCACGGACGAGAGCGAUGCAUUACCCACAACGGAGAGCGAGGCUUCGCCCACAGAGGGAAAGUCAGAGGCGGAGGGAUGGAAAUGAGAUGGAUGCGGACGGCGGGAUGGUGCAAGACCUAUCCUACUGUGGUCGUUCACUGCACGCUACUGGGCAGCCAAGGCGCCAGCGAGCUUGAGUCUUGUACGACCUUUGCGAGCUUUCAGUUGCAUUCGCUAGUCUGCCAAAGCAGGCACGGAACGUGCUAGUGCAAAUCGUGCUGGAUCGCGGGACCUCAGACCAUUACGCACUUAGCGUUGCGGGGUCGCAUGGAAUUGCGCUCUCAGGAUUCUGAGGGAUUGGUUGUGCACGAAGUUCACGAUAGCCACCUGCGACAACACAUUACCGCUAUCUCUCCCUGUAUAUAUCCGCGACAUCUUUUUAUACAUGCUCUCACCUCGCAAUG